AUGGCGUUAAACAAACAAACGGACGUCAAGAUUGACGACCAUCUACACAUAGUGGAAGGCUCAGAAGAAUCUCAGAUACAGAAGAUGUUUUCUGGCUCGACGAUAUUCUUGACUGGGGGUACAGGAUUUCUUGGAAAACUGUUGAUUGAAAAGCUUAUAAGAUCCUGUCCUAAUAUUAAAAAGCUAUAUUUAUUAACGAGAGCGAAGAAAAAUAAAGAUCCAAUGAAAAGAUUGCAAGAGCAGUUUGAUGAUUUGCUAUACAAUAAGUUAAGAAAGGAAAAACCAGAUUUUAUACAAAAAAUCGGUAUUAUUGAAGGUGAUUUGGGUCAAAUCAAUCUGGGCAUUAGUGAUGAAGACCGAAGCAAGCUUAUAGAAGAGGUCGAGUUUAUUUUCCACGGCGCCGCAACAGUGCGCUUCGAUGAAGCGUUAAAGACAGCUGUGGAGAUCAACGUACGAGGGACGAGAGAGAUGCUACAGCUAGCAAAUGCAUGUACCAAAUUACGGGCACUUGUCUAUAUUUCAACCGCUUACAGUAACUGCCACUUGAGUGAGAUCGACGAAAAGUUCUAUGACAGCAACCUCUCUGGAGAGAAGCUCAUUGACCUGGUUGAGAAUAUAGAUGAGAAUACUUUAAAGAAGGUGACGCUUGGG